AUGACAAAACCCAAACGAACCGAAAGAUCACCAGAGAUACUCCAAAAUCAAUUUCGGACCCCGAAACAACCCACUACUCCGGCACACUCGAGAGGCGCCAAAUCAAAUAUAACGCCAUCUCCAGCGAUAAAAUCACCCGCAACAGCGUUUAAAAGGGGCUCGGUACCUCCUACAAGAUCCCAAUCGACUCUCACGCAAAUUGAAUUCGUGGCUCAGUCGACACAUUUGGACAAUGACCAGCUGGAUUAUAUCACAGAAGGACAGCCCGAUGCUACGCAUCAAAGGCAAGAAUCCGCACGGCUAGACAAUGGAUCUGAGAGCGAGACCGAUUAUCGACCCCCGCUGCGGACCCGAGCAAAUCUUACAAGAUUCGAAACAAACGACGACCACCCAAAGAGACGAAGGAAAGGCGGCGGGAUGGGGAACCGAGUGAUCGAUCGAGGCCAGAGCCUUCGAAGAGGUCAGACGACGAACGCAACUGGAUCUGGGAAGGGCAAACGGAAAUCCAUGGAGAAGUCAACCACAAAACGGGAUAAAACCCUCACGCAGAUGAAUUUCGUGCGGCGAUACAUUCCGAUAGACGAGUCCGACGAUAACGAUGAGAGCAUGGGAUACAUAGAAACGCCACGCCAGGACUCUACGAUCGGACAGGGUCCUACCGGGCAAGAGGAGAAGACACCGAAGGCCAGCAGGAGAACAGCAAAACCCGAGCCGGAAACAUCUUCAAAACGCAGUCGCAGGACAUUUGAACAAGAAUUGGAUCUUUCUACAGGCGAGCCGCUCACGUCAGGUGAAACCCAAGAUACGAGUCUUCCAGAAGAUCAACGAAAUUCUUUGGGCUCAAAUAUGCCCUUUACGCCACAAAAGUCUCGGAAACUCGAAAUUCCCUCUUCCCAAUCCCCGGAAAGCCCUGGACUAGCAAUUAUCACAUCAUCACAAUUUAGAUGUGCCACACUCUCACCCACGAAACGGAAACCCCUGAACUUCAGGCUUCAAGAAGACGAUAUAGUCAAAGAAGAAUCACCGAGUGCUCGACCAAUGAGUGAAGCUUCGCAGGGUACUCCAAAGCUCAAAACACCAACGCACAUAUCCCCAAAUAAACCAAGGCCACUAGCCCAAGAACAGCCAAUAUCUGCAGACGUUGCGCGGCCAUCUCUUCACGAAAUGGGUCUCAGUUCCAAGGAAGCAUCACUCGCAGACCGGGGAUCGAAUUCUCAGCGUAUCCAAAGAGAACGGACUGUGGUGUAUGAGACUGAUGCCGACUCGAGUGCAAGUGAAUUCGAAGAUAUGGAAGAUGAGCAUCCAGAUUUACCACGAGCGCAAAACCCACGGCAAAGCGUUUCACGCCUAGUGGAAGACAAUUCGCGACCGCCGAGCGAUGACUCGCAAGAAUUACCUUUGCCGGAAACCCAGCCACCAGGCGAUAUGGGUUUCGAUCUUCCUUCUGAACCCCCGAUGUCAGAUGUAUCGGCUUAUUACCAGAGAGUCCAGCCCGCGACCCAGUUCCCCCAUGAACCAGUUCCGAAUCUUAAUACCCAGAAGUUAUCCGAGCUAUUUCCUAAUGAAGGAAAUACCCAAUACCCUCAACAUCGAGCCCUGCGCCCUCCUCAGAAUUUCCCGGGUCCCUUCUCGCAAUCUCAAACUCAGAGUCAAGAACCGGAUCAAACUGAACUUGUACCAGAGUCAUCGCCUAUUAGGGAACAGCAGAACAGCGUUGACAAGACGGACCAUGUCUUCCAACGACCCCGUGCGCCUGAUGCUGUUGUCCAAGUUGAAUCAUCGCAACCAGUCCGCCGAGAGGAGUCUGGUUCUGGUAAUGUUCUCUCUCGCAGUCAGCUGUUGACAUCAAGUGUGAUGGAGAGUAUUGCGGUUCCCAAUUUUUGGAUGGGAAGUCAGGAUAGUGUUGGAGAACCAUAUAGUCUACCGGACCAAUAA